AUGAAGAAUCGCAACCGAGGAGCGAUCGCGGAGCGGUCGAGUAUUUCACCAACCGUCAAGCCUCCUUCGCUUGACAGUUCUUCUUCUCCCAACUCUCCAAGCUUUGCUACAACAUCAGAAAGCAAGGACAAGCGCAAAAGAGACUCCAACAGCCCUCCCUCUUCGGGUGGCCACUAUAACCAUCCUGCCAAGCGCGCCAGGAAAUACUCACCACAUCUCUUUGUCUCAACAAAGGAGGAACGAUACACUGAACGUCUGGCCCACAUGCGAGACAGACUCGAUAGAUAUAAGCCAUCAACUACUAACGGAAUGUGGCCUCACGUCGUCGGCCCUGAUGUAGCGCCAGCCAGCCAGACUCUUGAAUACGACACCUCUGGCGGGAAGGCCAUUGUCGAUUCCAUGGCGAGCGACAUCAACGACGGAAACUCGGACAUGUAUGACAGGCAACUCAAUCUGUUCAUCGUCUGUGCCCACCAGACUUUAGUCGACGGUGCUCCGUCUCUUUGGUCACAAACCCCAGUCCGUCAGCUCACCCAGAUCUUGACGCACCCUGUCUUCAAAAGUAGGAGGGAUCAUUUGGCUACCAUCCUUCAAUAUGCCUUCAUCCUACGAACAAACGAUCGACGACCGUGGGUCAUGGCUAUGCGGUUCCGAACACAUGGUGGUAUCCUGGAAAACCUACAAGACGAAUAA